AUGGUAUGGGCGGCCAUCUCGAAACUCACUGGCGACCUCCAAGGUGCGGCGGCCAGUGGUCUGAACACCGUUGCAGACACCGUUCCCGUGCAUUGGGUGCUUGCCACGCUCUUGGAUCUGUUUCGUGAGUACCCGAAUGGCGUGACCGAUGCAGUCGUGCGAACAGAGCUCCUCGUGCGGUGGAAGCUGCACAGAUCACACGAUUCGAAACAUGGGUCAGGGUGGACGACGGAUGAUAACGAGGUCACAUGCGCACAGAUUACCGAGUACUUGGCGUCGCAGCAGAUCCUCGUGCUACGUGAAGCAAUAUCCACUGACUUGGACACUAACGAGAAAGGCACUGUCGUCAACUCCACCAAGCAACACCCCAUGCACUUAUUUUUACACCAGCGGUUCCAUCGGUACUUGCCUUCCUGCAUAACCGCUUCCAUGCAUCCGUUCAAUACCAUGCGCCGGGUUUUGCUCACUGCGCUGCAGCCUUUCGAAAGGCGACUUCCUCGAAGCUACAAGCAAUGCCUGCCCACCGAGAACAUGGUAAUCAUUCUCGACCCGUCCAACGACUCGUGGGACCGCGCGCUGGUUGAUGGCGCAUCAUGCAUCUCCACCUUGCGAACGUUGCAUGCCAUCCCUUCAGACCAACUCCACGUCCAGCUUCUUCGAAUGCAGGUCGUGGCCGUUGAGCCGUGUCGGUCGUGCGCGUCCGCGGUGAACGCUAGCCGUCGACUUUCCAUCGUUGUAGCUGCAUGCGAUGCCAGCCACACGUUUUUGAUUGUAUUGUGGGACAACCAGACGCACCUCGGCGCAGCGUUUCAUCCGGGAGACACGUUAAUCAUGGACUGCCCGUACUUGAACGUUAGAGAUUCCGCCAACAGUGAGCACCAAGCCAUCUUCUACGAGAGCCCCGGCCAUGCCUCGCACUUGUUCAUGGAGUAUGGGUCUUCAACGAUCCUCUUUGUCGUUCCUGCUCAAACUUUCCUCGCCGAAGUUGUGACACAACCCAACAAGGUCGCAUUCACUGCUCCGGUGGACCCAGUGACCAAGUUCUCCAACUUGGCAGGGUACCCCCUACUUCUAGACGAGUGGACCGCCUUGCCCGAGAACUGCUACAACGCGGCGUUUCUCGGGCAAGUCGCGCACGUCCAUGUGGGCCAUGCCAGCCCGUUGCGGCAGCAGUUUGCCGCAACUUACUUUGGCGUCAACGGCAUGGCCUCGUCGCUAGCCGAUACCUCGCCGACCGUCGUUUUGACGCUGCGCUCGCUGCAGCCGCCGUUUCCACUGCUGUCGAUCGAAGUCACGGGCGCGGACCAAGUGGCAUGUGCGCUGGCCACAUGUGACGUAGGCCACCUCGUGUUGGCACAAAACGUCGUGCUCGUCAAAAGUGGCCACACCACGAUGGGUCUCUGUGCCGACUGGUCAUUGCUGCAUCCAGCAUUUUCGAAUGGUCAGGUCGUAUUCUGGAACGUGCUGCGCGGGUAUUUGAACUCGCCAGACUUUUAUUCCGUGAUCCUGUUGUCGCAAUUGCGACCUCGAACGACGUCUCCGUCGACCGUAGCGUCACCGCUGGCAGUCGUCCGCGUCAGUUUUGUCUCGAGUGAAUGGCUCGAGCCAUCUGCCACCACCAUCAUCCACCGCGGCUGCCGUCGGAAGAUUCACCCGCCGAAGAAAAACGACGCCGGAUGGACGUGUGACUUUUGCAACGUCUCGUGGAGUGACGCCCGACGGAACAUCGCGAUGGGGUUCAGCAGCCUCGCGAUUCAGAUGGAAGACGGGUCGGCCAGCGUCCGCGCUGUCAUGGACUCGAGGUCGAUCGAUCAACUGCUCGGGUGCACAGCGAUGGCUUUCGACCAGCUCCCAUCAACCGACCAGACUGCUCUCGUCAACCAAACGUGCUCGGCAGGGCUAGUGUACGUCGCGAUCGUGUCGCCAUGUCCAAGUGUUCACAACAUCGUGUGGCGCAUCGACCAAGCGAUUCCACUCGACAGCCAAGUUCCAAACCAAAUCAUUCAGUUGACAAAGGCCUAGAGGUAUCGUUGUGGUCGCCCGAAUCGGUCGAGAUUCGAGUGGAUGGCUGCGAGGCGCGUGGUACAUUCUGAACAAGAGCCGAAUCCCCAUCGUUGUUUGCGUCCCCUUCGACCGUUGUCGCGAGCACGCGUGCGGGACACAAUGCACAUGCGCAUCGGUGGACUCUCGCGCUCAAAACGACCCACUCGAGUUGGUGAUGCUCGCCGUUCGGGUGCAUGACGUGGCAGUGCCGGCUGCACCAUCGGCAAAUCGGCACGACGUUGCAUGUGGCGCAACGAUACUGCAUUCCAAACGGUGCAUACUCGGAUCGGUGGACGUGGUCGCACUCACAUCGGCCGCCCAUCGCAGCCGCCACGAUGUCUAGCAAAAUGGUUUCGAUGCACUUUCA